AUGACUGUCCAGAUUGUGUUCUUCUACGCCACCGAUAUCUCGUCUGCGGACCGGAGAAACAGGAGGAGAAACCAGAAGUCUAAAAUGUGGCCGGUCAGUACAUUGGCCUUGUUUGGGUGUAUGGGAAGGGGAGGAGGGGUGUUUGAGGCCCGACAUGUGGUGAUCACCAAAGGCUGCGCUUGUGAGAUGUCUCAGGCGGCUGGGACGGCUGGAAUAGGAAAGAAAGGCCGCCGUUCCAGAAUCGAUGACAAGGAGGAUGAGGCGUGA